CCCCUCCCUUACCCGUGUCGUCCAAUCAGAAGGCAGCUUACAGUCCGGGCUCGGAGGCGCUAUGAGAGCAGGAGCUUGGCUGGGUUGUGUUUAUUUUGUAUUUUAUUAAUAAUCUGUACAGAAUUCCGCGCGGUUCGGCUGCAGUUUGACGCUCAGGAUGGGUGAGCCACAGCAGGUCAGCGCCCUGCCGCUGCCGCCGAUGCAGUACAUCAAGGAGUACACGGACGAGAACGUGCGGAAAGGCCUGGCACCAAAACCGCCGCCUCCCAUCCGAGACAAUUACACCAUGUUCGGCAACCAGUUCCAGUGCGACGACCUGAUCAUCCGGCCCCUGGAGAGCCAGGGCAUCGAGCGCCUGCACCCCAUGCAGUUCGACCACAAGCGGGAACUGAAAAAGCUCAACAUGUCCAUCCUGGUGAACUUUCUGGACCUGCUGGAUAUUCUGAUUAAGAGCCCGGGCAGCAUUAAGCGGGAAGAGAAACUGGAGGACCUGAAACUGCUGUUCGUUCACAUGCAUCACCUCAUCAACGAGUACCGGCCCCACCAGGCCCGCGAGACGCUGCGCGUGAUGAUGGAGGUGCAGAAGAGGCAGCGGCUGGAGACGGCCGAGCGCUUCCAGAAGCACCUGGAGCGAGUCGUGGAGAUGAUCCAGAACUGCCUGGCCUCGCUGCCGGACGACCUGCCGCAGCCGGACGCCGCGGGCGGGGCCGGAGCGGGUCGGCUGGGCGGGGCCGCGGGUUUGGGAGGCGAGUCCAGACUGAAAACCGAACCCAUGGAUUUGGAGGAGGCGGGCGUUAGCUGCAUGGCAGGACAAACGGACAAAAACAUUCCAACCACAAAGAAGGAGAAAGUGUGGGAUAAAGACGCUGCGAUGUGCAGCAUUAUUGAUGAAAUGACUUGAAUUGCUUUAUAUAUAUGAUGUUUCUUCUUCUGUUUUUUCAUUCAGUGUAAAAUUCAUCAAUUAAUUUAGUUAAUUAAAUUUUCUGACUGUUUGAGGCUAAAUUUGAAAGUAGAAAGUAGUUUUACUGGGUGUAAAACUGUAUUAACUCAUUUGUUUCCAUUUAGUAUAGUGAAGAAAGGAAGUUUCGUCCAUUUUUCCUCACUUUUAGCUUUUAAUUUCUAAAACACACAAUCAAAAUGUAAGUAAAAAUUAAUCUUUGCCAACAUAUAUGCCAUACUUUGACCUCUAUACUUGUGUUCAUGGCUGCUCUUAUUGUGCCGCUGGCUGGUUAGCAAGGACGCUAAUUCAGCAAGCUACUUAUCAAGUCAUCAGCUUAAUUUUCCUCCAAACUCUUAUCUGUCUUGCUCUCGCUCACACACACUCAAGCACAUCACAGCUGAUGGCACUGUGGAAUAUGGAGCUACACUGGCAUUUAUUUUCUCUAUUAAAGAUUUGAGUUAAACUUAGUAACUUAGCAAAUAAAAUAUUCUCAUUUAAAGAGCAACACCUAAUUAUUAUUAUCAAAAAUAUUACAAAAUAAAUUAAUACAUUUGAGAUAUUGUAUUGGCUGGAAGGGGGGUUGUACUCAUAAAAGUAUUUCAAGGUUGGUAGGUCUGCUAUUUUUGCAUCAUGAAACAAACAUUUGAUUGUAUAAUCCUUACUAUUGUUACAAGAAGCAAAAAUUGAUCAAAUUAAUUUUACAUAUUUAUUCUAAAAUUCUGGUUGUGAGGUGCAGAAAUGAAAUACUACAAAAUUGGAAAUAUGGACGGAAAACCAUUUCAUCUUAUAUUCUUCUACUAUAAUAAAUAGGGAAAAUAUUAAUUAUCUAAAAACAUUUUUCUUUUCCAGUUUUCUAUUUUUAAAUCUAUCCUCAUACGAUCAGAAAAUUAAAAUUGAACUGGUGAACGUUACACUGACUUUCUUUGUUAUAUUUGUUUUAAUGUGCUGUUUUUGUUCUUGUUAAAAACCUUUCAUAUCAUCACUCUGCACGGACAAGAAAAGUGUGUUUGAACUCUGAGCACUCGAAGUUCAGUGGAGUAAAACGAGGGAGGUGUGUAAAACUCAUAAUUAAUGAAACUGUCUCAUUCAGUCUUUCUUUACUGUCUUUUCUUUUUUUGUUCCAUUAAAUAAAUAAAGCUGAAAGGUU